UUGUCGUCUACUGCAAUUUUCGAAUUUCAAUACCUUUGCCGGUCUCCGUCCAAUUUCUAAUAUUCUACAGAAAGUAUAAUACAAGCAGAUUAGUAAAAUGUCUGUUCAAACUACUUUAUUGGACUUUUCUAUGGAUCCUGCCCGGUUGGCCGACGAGAGCGGUCAGAAAGCUGUAUUUACACAAUUAGAAACAGUGCUAAAGGAAUAUGUGCCUAAUCUCAUCUUGGCCACUGAUAUUAAAGUGGAUGGUGGAUCUUUGAAGCUGCUGACAGGGAAAAGAGGUACAACCGUAUUUGUGAGACUGUUCGACCGCGGCCUCGUUACUGUUAAUAUAGAAUAUUACAAAGAAGACAGUGAGGAACCAUUAAUCAGCUUCAAGUGUUCAAAGCUUCUGGAAAGUUCUGUUCGAAUGUCGCUGGAGUGUGCCAGACUAAAAUUAUUGCCAACAUUAAAGCGUGGCUAUAAAUAUGAUGUUUACCUAACAAGCUCAGACGAGAGACUCCUCGAGUAUGACAUCGACGGAGUGUUGUUCGACGAACAAUCUUCAUUCCAAAAGGUGCAAGUUGUGCAUUCCAAAUCCUUUGGGAACAUGCUGGUGCUAGAUGAUUUACAAAAUAUUUCAGAGGCUGAUCUUAUUUACACAGAAACAUUGAUGCAAAGGGGCAAAGAAAGUUACGAGGGGAAAGAGAUCGUCAUACUAGGUGGCGGCGAUGGUGCUUUACUGUACGAGCUCUUGAAGGAGAACCCCAAAUACGUGUGGAUGCUGGAAAUAGACGAGUUGGUGAUGAAAGCGUGCAACAAACACCUCAGAACCAUCUGCGGGGACGUUCUAGAAAGGAAAAAGGGACCAAAUUUUGAGAUAAUCGUCGAGGAUUGCAUGCUGACAGUGAAAAAGUUCACAAGUGAGCAGCGGAAAGUGGAUUACGUGUUCGGAGACCUCACCGACAUCCCCAUCUCUGAUGCGGGAUGCAGCGAGCUGUGGGAGUUUAUGAUCAACAUUUUGCGCGCGGCGUUCGACAUCCUCAAGCCCACGGGGAAGUUCAUGACGCACGGUAACGGUGCGACAUCCCCAGAGUCCCUCGAGUUAUACGAACAAGUGCUCGUCAAAAUGAAACCAGCGGUGACCUUCAGUAAAUGCAAGGCCUUCGUGCCCUCGUUCCUGGAAGAUUGGAUCUUCUACCAGAUAGCGUUCAAGCAGACGGAAGAUGAAUAGCGACCAAAGAUGUAUUGUUCCUUCUAGAUGGUAAGAGAUAGGACGUUAAGUGAGUUCAAAGAGUAGGUAAAGAGUAAAACCUCGGCGGCAAAAGUUCAAAUAAAGUAUGAUUAAUGUAGGAUCUAUGAGAUAUGAUAAACAUAAAGUACCGGGUCUUUAAACGUCAGAAUAAUGAGUUUAUUUGUUCUUCUUGUGUAGCUGUCUUUAGACGUGUCAAUAACUGCGCACGCGCAUGUACAGUCCGCUAGUUCUCUUGCAUCAUAGGAACAAAGUACGGAUAGCUUUAGACAUGUUAGCUAGCAGUUGUGAGCGCUGUGUAUUAAGUUGGAGGUCACUGAUUCCUGGCAGCGGACUAAUUUAUAAUUUCACAAUUUUCGAGAGGUUUCGGUCGUGUCAAGUUACAACCAUACCGACAAAGACGUGCCGCUAAGCGAUUUAACGUUCGAUGUCGCGUGGAAACUGAUUAGAGGUGUAAAGAAUAAAUAUAACUGUCGUUCUUACCACCAGGUGAGAUUGCAGUCUCUCCUGGGCUAACAUGUAGCGGAAUAAACAAAAUGGUCGCUUGCAGUUAGCAAAUACUACGCCUGCAAUAAGAACCUCUCACACAGUGCGGUUUUAUAUGAUGCGUAUAACGUGACGCGCCAGUAGUCUAUCGACCAUCUGCAUGGCUAGGUUUGGACCUGACUUACGCGUUAAGAGUAAAGCAUUUAUUUUAAUUGAUACAAAUAAAAAAAUAACCUUUACUACACAAAGAAAAACUAACAAAAAAAAUAUUUUAGAUUUAUUUUAAGUGACAUUUCUUGAGACCUUGACAAUACACUUGUCACUUGCAGUUAAGCAGAUAGUGAAGUUAUACAUGAUAGUUCAAAGAAUAUCUCUAUGAAUUAGUACCUGAAUUACAAGUUACAACUACAAACAAAUUGUAAG